AUGCACUCGCAUCGACCCGAGACCUUGAAGAUUGACAUCUCCAAGUAUAGGGGAGUCGAAGAGGACUCCCUCUUGCGAUGGUUCGUCGAACCAGAUGACGCCAUAAGGGCGCGUCGCAUCGACAACGGGGAUAUGCAAUCUGCGUUUGCCCAAUCAAAUCUGGCAGAACGUGCCAGGACUUGGGCACUGGGGCUCAAGUUGCACGACCCGUAUGCGUUUGGGUCGUUGGAAGUCUUCAAGUCGCGGCUCAGACAAGCGUUUGAACCGCCUAGAGCUGAGUUCAGGGCUCGAACCGAACUCUUGAAGCUCAAGCAGGGUAAGCGUGAUGUGCACGCUUACGCUCAACACAUACGACAUCUCACGAGUUGUAUAAGUUCCAAUCCGGUGGAUGAACACACGUUGGUUUCGGUGUUCAUGCAGGGUCUUGCGGAUGGUCCCGUCAAGACUCACCUGUUCCGGCUUGAACUAGAUUCACUAGAACAAGCCAUUGCCAUUGCGGAGCAGGAAGACUUCAGUCUGAGACAGGCUCGCGCCAGCUCGAUAUCAUAUCGUCAACCGAGACGAUAUGACAACGGAGGUCCAGAGCCGAUGGAACUCUGUUAUGUAGAGAGCGAGAAGGCUCGCUCUGCAGACUACAAGAAGUUGCAGAGAUGCAACAGAUGUCAAAAGACAGGACACUACGCUUACGAGUGUAGUGCCGCCCCUCGUCCAGUGUCUCGCGACACUGGGCAUAGUGACCGUCUACCCAUGAGAAAGGGGCAGGGACGAGGGUCCGCUGUUGGUGCAAAGACGCAACAACGGGAUGGACCGUCAAAAAACGGACAGGAUCAGUAG